CAUUAUAUACGUAUAGACAGAUGUCUGUGCCGCUGUCUGUGUUACACCUGUACACGUCAACGCCUGUGCUGUCGCUGUACGCUCAGGUACACACACCUGUGUGUGAGGUUCCCCCCGCGGGCCGCUCCCGGGGCGGGGCCCGUUACCGGUUCUCGUACAGCCGCCGCCGCGGGACGGCCCGGCCCGGGGGGACGAGCCCAUGGCCGGGAAGGAGCCGCUGCUGAGCGCCCUUAAAGGUGCGGUGCUGCAGCUGCGGGAGGCCGGGGGGCCCUGCACGGACACCUCGCCGCACCUCGUGUCCCUGUGCCAGCGGCUGGAGAGCAUCCUGCGCAAGGGGCUCCGACAACCGGCUUGGGGCUUCCGGAGACGGGAUUACUGGCACUGGCUGAAGCAGCUUCCCACGGGGACCAGCGGCAGGCCGACCCGUCUCUCCAUGAGCAUCCAGAGAGCCGGGGGCUGUGAGCGGACACGGACGGCUCAGGGCCGCGGGCGGUACUUCCUGCGCUUGGCCCUGCAAGGGAAGGUGCUGGCGGUGGCCGUGAGGGAGCUGGCACAGACCCCCGGACUCCUGGAGUUUUAUGAUCCAGAGAGCUCCAUCCUCGGCAGUGAAGGUCUCCGGGAGCCUUUCCUCUCGCUGCUGCUGGUGCUGACAGAGAUGGAUUUCUCCCUGGACCUGCAGAAUUGCAGCUUCUUGGACGAGAGCUGGCUGCUGCCGGUGUGCAGCACUUACGAGACCGUCCCAUGCCGAGCGCUGGGGAUGGUGCUCAGGUAUGUGGAGGGCCGAGUCUUUGUCACCGAGGUGCUCCCUGAGAGCCAGGCGGAGGUGGACGAGGUGGUGCUGGCCGGCGACAUCCUGGACGAGAUCAACGGCUGCUCGCUGAGAUUCGCCCACAGCGGGCAGGCUGGGGACAUCCUGCAGAAGCUGAAGGGGCAGCCGCUCGUCUUCCGCCUGCUCCGGUGGCGGUGGCACGACGGGCAGGUCUAUGAGCCACUGCUGCCCUACCUGAAGGUCCUGAAGGAGAAGGAGCCCCGCUUCCAGCUCCAGCACGGCCCCAGGCACAGGGGCAAGGGGGAGCCACGGCAGCUGCGAGGGGGCAGGCUGCUCUACAACCUGCAGUACCUGGGCCAGACCAGCAUUGGGACGGUGAGGCUGUGGGGCACAGAGAGCUGCCAUGGGGUGAAUCAUCUCUUCUGGGGUUUUUUUCAUGAGCCCAUGGGUUAUUCCCUCCUUCCCAUUCCAUCCCAGUAUGGUGGCAAAGAGGUGCUGGAGCAGGCCAUCCCUGCAGUGCUGGAGGGACACUUGGCAGUGCAGGAGGUUUUAUUGGAUGUGAAGGAAGCAGAAAUCCUGGUGCAGGAGAAAGUGUCUUCCAAGCUCCUGUGCCGCCAUCCCUACCCCACCAUCUCCUGCGUGGGAUGCUGCCCGUGGAGCAGCAGGAUAUUCGCCUUCUGCGUGGCCUCUUCCCCGGAGAGCCCUGACGGGAGCACGUUCGACUGCCUGGUGUUUGCAUCGAGUUCUGAGCAAGAAUGCGAGGAAAUCGUCGGGAGAAUUGCUGCAGGAUUUAAGCACACGGAGUGGUUUGUCUGAGGAGGGAGAAUCUCGUGACGAGGCACCGGUGUCGCAGCCUCCCCAAGCAGCACAUGAGGGAUGCAGGCCCCGACUCCCAGAGCGGGAUUUGGGAUGGUUUUCACACUGGUGUCACGCCAUCCUGGUGGGACAGUCACGGAUGGCCACCGCUGGCUUAACAGCAGAUACCGGUAGGAACUGCUGCAGCUCUUCCCUCUGAAGUGCCCCUGCUGCCACAGCACUUUAACUUCAUUGGAAUAAAUCAAGCCAAGCUGGCUCAACUGCUUCCCU